UCGUGACGCAUGCGUAUUCGAUUCAGAGCAAAAAUCAGAAUUAGUCCAACGGAAUCCCGGAAAGUAACGAUUGUGAGACACGGCGGUGCCGCUGUAUAAAAUUAUAAGGAGCGUUGAUUAACCUGUCAAGACGUGGUCUCGCAUCAUUAUUUACGUUUUCAAAGGUGUUGUGGGUAAUCAUUCGUAGGAUUCGAUCGGCUUCCAGACAGGAUGGUGAAGCCUGAGCAAAUUUUAAUUAUCGAACCGCGAAGUGAACUGCGGUUCAGGGGCCCAUUUACAGAAAGAACAGUCACAUCAUAUAUAACAUUAACCAAUCCAUCGAAUUACAAAGUUCGUUAUAAAAUAAAAACAACUGCUCCAAAGAGGUAUUGUGUGCGACCUAAUUCUGGGUAUCUGAAACCAACGGAAAUUACACAAAUAGCUGUGACUCUUCAGCCACUUGAUUUUGAUCUAACAGAAAAAAAUAAACACAAAUUUAUGGUGCAAGCUACAAUAGUUCAAGCUAACGAUGAUGAUGAUAAUCCCGAUAUAUGGAAAAAUAUAGAUCCAGAGAAAUUGAUGGAAUCUAAAUUAAAAUGUGUCUUUGAAAAUCCAGUAAUUAAACCUGUGACAGCUGAAACAACCAAAUCAGAAGUUACCACAAAUAACGGGAAAAAUAAAGGAAUCGGUGAUUGUGUUAAGUCAUCGCCAAAGGUUCCUGGAGAAACAGAAGAAAAAUUGAUAAAAGCAGCACAAGAAGUUAAUCAGCUAAGAGAAGAAGAGAGUGCUCUAAGGCAGGAAAACCUUCAGUUAAAGGAGGAUUUACUGCAAUUACAAAAUGUCCUGGUGGAUAACGAGGCUACGUUAGCCAAUAAAAAUUUUAACCCACAGGACAGUAGCGAAUCGUCAUCAACGGUUACCAGCAUUCUUAUUGCUCUUGUCAUGGUCAUAUUGGGAUAUGUGCUGGGAAAAAUGAUCUGAGCAGCUAUUACUUUACCGCAUAACUUGGCACAUCCCCUCUUCCCCUGUGUUUCUUAGCCUGCCCCCCUGCUACCAUAUACCAAGUACUGAUCGCAAAGGUCGAAACCAGUCAUCGUAUUACACGAUUGUUCAUAAUAAAUACUAUAAACAUGAACGGGUAGUGGUUUACAAUAAUAGAGUUAUUUGCUGCAAGAGUGUGCUUCUAUUUUGGUAAAGCGGUAAAAUUUGAAAUCCUUUUU